AUGACGAAUCGCUUUCCAAUCCGUAUCGCUCCUCUAAAUGUUCCGUUUGACCGACGCCGUCAAACAACGGCAGUGUUUCUCUGGCUAAUCGCACUCCCAGUCACUGUAGCCUUUUUCUUCUUCGUUUGCACGGCACCAUUCUUCUGGCCGUUGGUGAUUGCGUAUAUCUUGUUCUUGCUAUUUGAUUACGCUCCAGAGAAUGGCGGAAGGAGAUUCGAGUUUGCCAGAAAGUCUGUGUUUUGGAAAUGGUUUGCGGAUUAUUUUCCCAUCAAAUUGGUUAAAACGGCCGAUCUGGAUCCUUCAAAGAAUUACGUAUUUGGAUUUCAUCCACACGGUAUAAUAUGUCUUAGUGCCUGGGCAAAUUUUGCAACGGAGGCUAACGAUUUCUCCAAAUUGUUCCCGGGAAUAACCAUUUAUCUCCUUACCUUGCUUAAAAAUUUCAACAUUCCUUUUUAUCGUGAUUUUCUGUUGGCGCAAGGGCUUGCGUCCGUAUCCAAAGAGUCAGCCGAACACAUAUUUGCUCAUGGACCGGGACAUAGUAUUGUCAUUGUUGUAGGGGGUACGGUAGAGAGUCUAAGUGCUCGUCCGGGAAUUUAUGAUUUAACUUUGUUGAAGAGAUUAGGUUUCGUCAAAUUGGCUAUCAAUAAUGGUGCUUCUUUAGUUCCUGUAUUCUCAUUCGGUGAAAAUGAUAUUUGGGAACAGUUCGCCAAUGAAAAGGGAAGUAGGUUGUGGCGGGUGCAGGAUAAAGUGAAACAACUGUCGGGAUGGACAAUACCUUUAAUUCACGGAAGGGGAUUAUUUAAUUACGAUUUUGGACUCUUGCCUCAUCGUCGUUCUAUUGUGACCGUUAUCGGCAAGCCAAUUGACGUUGAGCGUGAUCCCAAUCCUAGCCAGGAGAAAGUUCUCGAGGUCCAAAAGAAAUAUAUUAACGGGCUAUAUCAAAUAUGGAACGAAUAUAAAGAUGUGUAUGCAAAGAAUAGAAAGAGGGAGUUAACUUUGAUCGAGUAG